AUGCCAACCGUCAAAGGAAGCCGAGUGACAAAAUCCAAAGUAAAGAAGUCCCCAAUCCGACGCGUCCCAAAAGUCCUACCACUGGUGGAACGAACAAACGCCCUACCAGCAGAGGAAUUCAUCACGAAAUACGUGACAUGCGAUGAAACCAGUCCCAACACAGUGGACAUUUACUCCGCCGACACAAUCUCCGACUCGGACCUAGAAGCAUGUCUAGAUUUAGUGGAGCAGACAUCCAGCGAAGCGUACACGGCCUCUAGCACCGGGUGGUCGCGUCCGAAGAAGCGCAAGGAGAUGAAGCUGCCGGACAUGAAGUAUUUGAUUGUGCGGGGCGAGUCGUCCGGGCCGUCGGCUCGGGAUGUUACUGGGUUUUUGUCGUUUAUGGUCACCUACGAGGACGGGAAGGAGGUGGUGUAUUGCUACGAGAUUCAUUUAUCGCCGACGGUUCGGGGGCAGGGGAUUGGGAAGUUGUUGAUGGAGAGGAUGGAGGGGGUUGGUCGGGCUGUCGGGUUGGAGAAGGUGAUGUUGACGGUGUUCAGGUCGAAUGGGGUAGCGACGCGCUUUUAUGAGAGGCUUGGGUAUGGGGUUGAUGAAUACUCUCCUGGCCCGCGCAGAUUGAGGAAUGGAACGAUUAAGGAGCCUGAUUACUUGAUUUUGUCAAAGGGGUUGAAAUGA